AACAAUACUUUUAGUAUCCAAGGUCCACUACACUACCUUAGACUAUCAAAAACCCUUUAUUUUCCUCCUCACAGUCACAAGUCACCUCCAUUUCCUCCACCAAUUACGCAGUCUUCUCUGCCACCAUUCUUUGCCUCCCUCCAUUUCUACCCCUUUUCUUCUCUUUCUCACCGCAACCCAUUCCUCCAUUUCCCUUCUUCAUUCUUCUCUCUCUCUCUCUCUCUCUCUCUUUCAUUCACAUUCAAUGGGUGAGGAACAAGAAUCAGGAGAAGAAUACCUUUUCAAAAUUGUAGUAAUCGGAGAUUCAGCUGUUGGGAAAUCAAAUUUGUUGUCAAGAUUUGCUAGAAAUGAAUUCGAUCAUAACACUAAAGCCACAAUUGGGGUUGAAUUUCAAACAGUAUGUGUUGAUAUUAAUGGAAAAGAAAUUAAAGCUCAGAUCUGGGAUACUGCUGGUCAAGAAAGAUUUAGGGCUGUUACUUCUGCUUAUUAUAGAGGUGCUGUUGGUGCUCUUGUUGUUUAUGAUAUUAGUCGUCGUACCACUUUUGAUAGUAUUACUCGUUGGCUUGAUGAACUCAAUACUCACUGCGAUACAGCAGUGGCACGAUUAUUAGUUGGUAACAAGUGCGAUUUGGAAAACAUACGAGAAGUGAGCCAGGAUGAAGCGAAAAGCGUGGCUGAAUCCGAAGGAUUGUUUUUCAUCGAGACAUCAGCUUUGGAUUCAACUAAUGUCCAGACUGCAUUUGAGAUAGCAAUCAAGGAAAUCUACAACAAUAUCAGCAGGAAACUACUGAAUUCAGAUUCGUAUAAGGCUGAAUUAUCUGUGAAUCGAGUGACACUGGCUAAAGACAGUGCAGAUUCGAAUCGAAGGUCUUGCUGUUCUAGUUGAGAUUCACCCAUUUUUGUCGCGCCUUUAAAUUUUCAUUGUUGGUUUUUCGGAGUUUUGUCGAAACGAACAGUUCAAAGGAAUACAUUGAGCAUUUCUGUUUUGAUUAAAACAAUAGAACAUGGAAUGGAUGGACAUAAGGCGGAGGACUGGUGUAGAUUCCUGCAUGUCCCGCUUUAUUCUUUGUGUU